UUGUGUCGUCAUCACCAGAGCGACGGGAUAUGCGACUGCGACAAUGUAACGAUGUAAAGCCACGUUUAAAUAGAAGCGAAUCAAAGCAGAGUUCCUUUCUGUGCUGUCAUGGUUUUGGAGGAUCAAGGUAUAUUUUGCCGUGUCAGAGGGGCUCUUGAGCUCUCCUUUUCUCUGCAUAGUAAAGAAGAAGCAACAAUACAGAAAGCCAUUACAAAAGCUGUACAAGAUGUCUCACUACAAGUGUCAUCUGAAUAUUUUGUGUUCAAUAUUUGUGGCAGCCCUGUAUUUAUAUGGCCUAACAGGAAUCUUAAAAUAACUCCAGUUGAAAUAACUCCGGACACACCAUGCAGAGAGAUUCAAAAAUACAUCAGGGCAGAAGAGGAGGAGAGUGAUAAACGAUCCUCCAGAAAGAAAGACAAAAAAAGACCAAGAGAUAUUAUAAAUAUUAACCUGAUGAUGGAGAUUUCAAAGUCAUCACUGUCCAGUGUACCUACCAUCCACCAAGAACACAAGAAGCAUCUCCAUGUAGAAAUGAAUCUUCCUAUUGAUGUAGUGAUACUUGUGCAGCUGGAGCAGAAACUGGGAGUCAUUGUAGAGCACCUCAUGAGAGAAAUAUGUAAUCAACUGUCAGAUAUGGAAAAAAGUAUCCACAAGCACAUGAAAGAAACAUGCAUCCCUAUUCCACAGCCUUUCCACUUCCUGCUACCAGAACCUAUUGGCAUGAUAUCUGUGAUUUAUCCAGCUGGGGUACCUGAUGAUCAGCUCACAAUGAUUAGAAAGGAACUACAUAAUAAGUUUCAUCUUCCAGAGGAUAGGCCUUACUUAAGAAGAGCAAAUGCCUAUCAUUUUCCAGAUGAACGUUACAAAGAUGGUUACUUGAGGAGCCCUCACUUAUUUCUCAGCAAUCCUAAUCUGGAGGAUAGUAAGCUUUAUUUAGUGAAUGGAGUAUAUAGUUAUCACCACUACAUGCAAGAUCGGAUGGAUGACAAUGGCUGGGGAUGUGCUUAUCGCUCUCUGCAAACAGUUUGCUCUUGGUUCAAGUAUCAAGGUUAUACAGAAAAAUCUAUACCAACUCAUAAAGAAAUCCAACAGGCCUUAGUUGAUGUUGGAGAUAAACCAAAAUCUUUUAUUGGAUCACGGCAGUGGAUUGGUUCCAUUGAAGUACAAGCUGUUUUAGAUCACCUGCUUGGGAUAACUUCUAAAAUUCUUUUUGUCAGCCAAGGUUCUGAAUUAGCAUCUAAAGGGAGAGAAUUAGCAAAUCAUUUCAGCACUGAGGGAACACCAGUUAUGAUAGGUGGUGGAGUAUUGGCUCAUACAAUUUUGGGUGUUGCAUGGAGUGAAACUACAGGACAGAUAAAGUACCUGAUUUUAGACCCUCAUUACACAGGUGCAGAAGAUCUUAAUACUAUUCUUGAUAAGGGUUGGUGUGGAUGGAAAGCAUCAAAUUUUUGGGACCAGAAUGCAUACUACAACUUAUGUAUGCCUCAGAGACCAAAAGUUGUAUAAAAACUGUAUGUUGAAAUUUACAAAAUGCAAAAACAUUAAAAAUAAAUAAACGUUUUAUUGUAAACUCAGGCAAUUUAAAACACCGAAUUAUUGUAAACUGUACACAUGAAAAGGUUUUCCAUAUAGUACAAUAUUAAU